CUCACCACCACAACGAGGGGUGAAAGACGUAAGGUUUCGAGUUAUUUAUAUCCAACACUAUAUAUACGAUAUCCAACUAAAUUGAGGUAAAUCUUCUUUCCUAUUCUUAUCGAGCGCUCAACCGUUGUAGAUAGAACUGCUAGAGUGAACAUAUUUCUUGGCUUUACGGGAUUUUCGGGAUUUUUUUUUUUUGCCCAAGUUAUAUUUUUUUACUCUUUGAACCCUAUCAUGGACACCAACCUGGAGUCUGUGACAGUGUCUAUGAGGUCGCCAUCGCCCGUGGGAAGUGCCAUUGAAGAGAUGGCCAGUAUGGCCAGUAUGGCUGCGAGCAUCCGGCUUCGUAGUGUGGUCUCCCCACCUGACGAAUCAUCAGCAUCAUCAUCCACCGCGAUGACUAGUCUGAACAGUUUUUCAGUGAGUAACAGCAAUGACGCGGCGAAUGCCAAGCUGCUACAGGGUGCCCGGUCAUCGAAGCGCUCCAGCUCCACGUCCAAUGACUUGAUCUACGAACGGGAUCGGUUCCGGGCCAGACUACACACAUUCAACAAUAGCAUCGGAGUUGAUGAUGGAUGUGAUGAAUGUGAAGUUUGUGAUGAAGUUGGUGGCAAAACUGCAAAAUUGAUGUUUGAUAGAGACAAUUUGGAACCUUCAACGGAGGCAAUUACCACCCCAAUCUCCGAGAUAAUCACCAUGUCUCCCUUGGAAGAUGUGAAGUAUCUUUCAUCUCUCACACCAAUCCCCUCAUCAACCGAAUCGAUUAAGAUCCUCCCCUUGACUCACAAGUGUCUCCGGGACAUAUUCACGUGGUAUUUUAACCAACCACUCCCUGCAACAGACUUGAUGUUCCCCUGGCUUCAUGGACUUCAUCGCGAUAACUUUGCACAAAGACAAUUUUUUAUAUACCAACAUCAACAACAAGAGAGGAAACGUAGUAAAAACAAGCCAGUGACAGCCCAAAAUACGCAUCAUGAUAUCUUCACGUAUCUGGACAUUUCUCAGAAACCUGAAGGCGUUCGGUUCUUGAUGUGUGUCGAUGCAUCCCCCAAGGGGGCAACCAAUUGUGAAGAUUACCCCAUUCAUCCAAUUCUAAGAAACACAGUAACACCAUCCGAAAUCUUACUGCCCAUAGACAUAUCUCGAGUUGAAGUUAGGGAGUUGAUACGACUGUUGGUGUUAAAGAUAUUUCUGGAGGAAGAGAUUUCCGAUGAAUUGGUGGACCUCUUUGUGGCUGAUUGUUUAAAAGUAAACCAUUUACCAACAUUUCUCAAUUUGGAUCCUGAUAAUGGAGUAAGUCUCAGAAAUUUCCAUAUACAAGUCGCCAAACUGGCUGGAUUUGCAGAUUUAGUGGUGUAUGAAUCCCAGCAUGUCGUGAAUGAACCUAAUGAUGAUGCAGUGUCUGACUCUCAACAGUUAUCCCAUUCAUCGCCAUCAUUGACUGCCCAGACCGAUUCUGGAAUCAAAGUCUCUUCAUCUGCUGCAUCACUCUGUCGGAUCCUUUGGUUGGCGCAACAGAAUGAAGCAUACAUACAGUACCAGAAGUCUCCAUAUAACGUUUUCGUUCUUGAAGAAACUACUGAUGUGCUUCUCAAGAAAUAUGACUCACUAUUCACAGUUAAGCCUUGCAAUACUACGCUCCCGCCGGGACUUUUGUCGAACAAACACGCACACCCAUCUGAAAUCAUCCAAGAUCCAAGAGUAAUGGAUUGCUUUGGCAUCUGGGAUGGUGAUUACCAAAUGAAGGAAGGGUUAGAAAGAACAAGAAUGUCUUGUGCAAGUAGAGUGUUUAAGAAUGUGUGGGUGGGCAAUGUAUGGGAUAGUAAAUUAAUAGAACAAAUGAAUGAUUUGGAACAACCUGAUGCCAAAAAAUCAACUAUUGAUUCAACAGAAUCGAUACCCAAGGAUGUGGAUUCAUACUAUCAUCCAAAACAUUCAUUAAUAUCACCAGAUCAUAUCCAUCAUAACCAUAAUCUUGUGGCAUUGACGAAAACACCGGCAAACUUCCGGUUACUUAUUCAUUGUCAUGAGAACGCAUCUUUCCCCGAUCUUUCAACCUUAUCAUCACUUCUUUUCCAAGCAACGAUUUCAUCUCGAUUAUCUCCAGAUGACGAGCCUCCUAUCACCAUUGACUUCCCACCAAGUGGAUCUGUUGGGCUUGGCAAUUGUAAAGUUGAUAACUUUAUGUCGAUUGUCAACUUGUGCAAACUCCUCUAUUUAUUCUCGUCUUCCACAAGUAAGCUGCAGCUGGUACUUCUGUCUCUUGUGUAUUGUUCCGAUGGGUUUACCGAGCUGUCUCUUAUUGUGUUAUGCUACUUGAUAUAUGCCACUGCAAUCCCAUUAGAUCAAGCAAUGCUCAAACUUCAUUUAGAAUUCGGGCGUCCGUUCUACAUUUUUAAUUCAGACGUUCAAAUCUUAAGGAAACUAGAACCAUUAUUAAUCAAAUUGAGUCCAGUGACUCUUGGUGAUAAGAUAAUUUGGAGUGAUAUGGAGCUUUUAACCAAUCAACAAGUUAGUGAAUUGUUAUUGAAUGGCACCACCGGGAAACCAAUACGGAAUAGCUUGCGGUUGGGAUAUAUUGGUAAUGAUGAUGAUUCAGAGGAUGAUUCAGAGGAUGAAGUUAAAUCUGAUGGUCCAGAAGAAAAAGAGAAGGGAGGAACAUCUACAGACGAUAAAUUAUCAUUCUUUAAGGACCCUUCGUACCAAUCCACUUGGGUGGAAGACGUGGAAGGAUCACUUCCUUCUAGAAUUCUCCCAUACCUCUACUUGGGAUCACUUAAACAUGCAAAUAACACCACUUUGCUUACUUCCCUUUCCAUCUCUCAUAUUAUAUCUGUUGGUGAACAGUUAGAUUGGCUCAAUGGCUACAAGUUCAAAGCACGUCAUGAUAUUGAAAUGCAAGAAUUUGAUGACGGUAACAUUGAAAUCUAUUCCAUAACUCCAAAGGACUCCAAGAGUGGACGCAACACAGUUCAGAAAGUGAUGAAGGUUAAAAAUCUUCAAGAUGAUGGGAUUGAUGAACUUUCCUCGUCAUUACCAACAAUUCUUCAAUUUAUGGAAGAUAUAUAUCAGAAAUCCAAUGGAGAAGAAAAGAUAUUGAUACAUUGCCGCGUGGGGGUUUCUCGAUCUGCCACCGUGGUGAUUGCAGAAGUCAUGCGUAGAUUAGAGCUUGAUCUUCCCAAGGCGUAUUUGUAUGUGCGAGUACGUCGUCUCAACAUUGUCAUCCAACCAAACUUACGAUUUAUGUACGAAUUGUUCAAAUGGGAAGAGGAUAUGAAGAGGAAGAAACAACGUGAAAGUAAGGUAUUGACCACAUCAACCGACUUGAGAGAAAUAGAUUGGUUUGUCAUGUGUCGAGAAAUCAUGAGAUUGAAUAUUAGAUAUUUAAAUGGCUGAACAAGAGUGUUUUUUUUUUUUCGCAGCCAGUCAUGAAAAUGAAAAAUGUCUAUAAAAUGUAUAGUAGAAUUAACCACAAACAAUAAAACGGAAACAACUGGGAGAAUUUAAAAUUACAAAA